UUCCAACACACUUGAGAAGAGCCGCAACCUGCUCUUCGACAACAUGGAGUAUCUCCAGGACAAGGAGGACGGCCUGCAUAGGAACUACAAUGACCGCGCGUAUCUCAGCUCCGAGGACUUGGUCCGGGAUGACAACCACAUAGAUUUUGUGGCCUUGCUGACCAGUGGCUUGGAGCCAUGGGUGCCUGCGACCCGCGCGGUGGCAAAAGCCAGGUUCACGCUUGUGCGCUCACAUCUGCUCUUCUCCAUUCACUAUGAGAGACUGGGCCAGCCAAGCCGAGUCCGUUUCACGGAGCCUGGUGGGACGGUCCUUUUUGAGCAUCCCGUGCAAAAGGGCGCCUUUCCCCAGGAUAACAUGAUCUGUGGCAUGUGGCGGAACCUGCAAAAGCCCUCCAUCCGGCUGCUGAAGGUGGAUCAGCUGCACAUAGCCCUGGUUACGAAGUCUCACCCGACAGGCGAGAUCCAGGGCAGGAUCAUCAAGCACCGGGCGCUCUUUGCAGAAACAUUCAGUGCUCUCCUGACGUCUGCGGACCCCACCCACCUCGGCGUCGGGGGCAUCGCUAUGCUCACCCUGAGUGAUACCGAGAACAACCUGCAUUUUGUCCUGCUCACCAAGGGCCUCCUGGAGCCUGCAGAGAAAGGAUCCCCCUGGUUGCCCCUGAGGCUGCAGAUCCUGCACCAAGACAAGGUGCUGAGAGAAGUGCUGGCCAACGUCACCUUACAGGACUCCGACUUUGCAGAAGUGCUGACAGGCCUGGGCAGUCGGGAGCUGCUCUGGCUGGCGCAGGGCCAGCUGAGGAUGGCUGCACAGGUGGAGGGCCGACUCCGGCGCCGGAUUGCUGGCCGCAUCACCACCAGGAGAGGCUGUGACACCCUGCAGAGCGUGCUUUGUGGAGGGGACGCCCUGACCCCCACCCAGACCGGAGCUGUCGGGUCUGCCAAGUUCAUGUUGCAUGAGAAUGGGUCACUGGAGUAUCAGGUCCAGGUGGCCGGAACCAGGAGUGAGGUGACUGGCAUCACGCUGGAGACCAAACCCCGCCGGCGGAAUCAGCGCAACGUCUUGUACGACAUGACGCACAGCUAUCGGGAUGGAAUGGCCAGCGGGAUCUGGGGGCAGGCGAAUGGGCGGGAUGCCCACAUGUUGCUGCAAAAUGAGCUCUUCUUAAAUGUGGCCACGGGGGAAUUUGAAGAGGGGGAGCUGCGUGGACAGAUCAGCUCCCUGCUGUACAGUGGACUCCAGGCACGAUACCAAGAGCUUCCGGUGCCCCUGGCCGGCCAGUUCGUGACCCCUCCUGUGCGCACCGGUGCUGCUGGGCACGCCUGGGUGUCCCUGGAUGAGCACUGCCACCUGCACUACGAGAUCGUGGUCGGCGGCCUGGGCAAGGCAGACGACGGCACGGUCAGCGCUCAUCUGCAUGGCUUUGCUGAGCUGGGAGAGCUCCAGGAGAGCAGCGUGCGGGAGCACAAGCGGCUGCUCAGAGGCUUCUACGGCUCGGAGGCCCAAGGGGUAGUGAAGGACCUGGACAGGCAGCUGCUGCACCAUCUGGCCCAGGGCACGGCCUUCCUGCAAGUCAGCACCAAAGCGAACUCUCAGGGAGAGAUGCGGGGCAAGGUGCACAUUCCUAACCGCUGUGAGGCGGGUGGCAUCCGACUGGCCCCUGAGGAUCCAGAGGACGCGAAUCUGAGCAAUCCCAACCCCCGGGACCCCGAGGAGCUGAAGAAAGACCCCAACGCCUGCUUUUUUGAAGGACAGCACCGGCCUCACGGCUCCCACUGGGCCCCAGACUAUGACAAGAAGUGCUCCGUAUGUAGCUGCCAGAAACGCACCGUGAUCUGUGAUCCUGUCCUGUGCCAGCCCCUCAACUGCUCCCAGUUGGUGCACCCAAGGGAUCAAUGCUGCCCUUUGUGUGAAGAGAAGAAGGAAGACGGACAGAGAGCUGAGAAGGCCCGAGACAGCAGCGAAGGUUGCUACUUCGAUGGAGACAAGACAUGGCGAGGCGCUGGCACGCGUUGGCACCCCGUGGUCCCUCCUUUCGGCCUCAUUAAAUGCGCCAUUUGCACCUGCAAGGGCUCCACGGGAGAGGUCCACUGCGAGAAGGUGCAGUGCCCCCACCUGGCCUGCAGCAACCCCGUCCGCGUGAACCCGUCCGACUGCUGCAAGCAGUGCCCAGCCUCCGAGCAGAGUCCCUUGGCGCUCUCAGACAUGAUGCAGGCGGAUGGCCCCCGGGCCUGCAAGUUUGGGCGGCAGUGGUACAUGCACAACGAGAGCUGGCACCCCACCGUCCCCCCGUUUGGGGAGAUGAAAUGCAUCACCUGCUGGUGUCUGUCUGGGGAGACCCACUGCCGGCGCCAGGAAUGCUCUCGCGCCUCUUGCUCUCGGGAGGAUAAAAAGGAAGAGGACACCUGUUGCUCCCAGUGCCAAGCACCAGAUGUCCUUCCGGAAGAGGCACAGGACAUGCUGCAAGAGGACGCCAAGGAUUCCUGGGCACGCUAGCCGGCCAGCCGGAGCCCGGAAGCCCAGAUGCUGCGACGGGCAUGGCCAAGCAGCUGGUGGAGUCGCAGGUGGGGGCGGGCUGCAGGGGCUGCUUUGCAAGGCCCCCCAAGCUGAUCUGCGUCCUGCUGGCUUUCUGAAAGGAUGGGGAGGGCGCUUCCGACCUCACCCCGGAACAAGCGGCCGUUCUGUUGCACUCCGGAUGCCGCCUUUGCCCUCUGCCAGCAGCCUGGCUCUCCGAUGCCUUUUGUGCCCGCCCGGGUGAGAGGGCGGGGGCAGCCGGUUGGUUCUGAGCACUGCUGGAUUCGCUUGCGGGGUGUGGCCAGCACUGUGCCUUUUGCCGGAGAGCGCAAGGAAGCCCUUCCGGAGUGGACUUCUUGGGACACUGGAUGACCUCAGCCUGCCAUGUCCCUGCCCAUGUGACACACGGCUCAGACCGCGUCCCCUUCGAGGGAUCUGCCCGCACACACAAGCGUGCCUUCCCCCAGACGAGCUUGUAUAUAGUGUAAAAUUGUCUUCCUUCACUGCAUCUCUUGGUCUGUUUUUUAUUCAGAGGAGGGGGCUGGUUCUUUCUGGUUGUGUAAUUUAUGGUUGCCAUAUGCAAGGGUCCCUUCCCUGCACAUUGUCAGGCUGAAGGACUGCUAUUGGAAAUGAUGUAUUUAUUAAAAAACGA